UCUUGUUGAAAUUAUCUAUGUCUCUUGGUGGUUUUUCUUCUGAUAUAAAGUGCGUGUCUUUUUGGGUUCUGGGCUUUACAUUGGGAUUGCACACAACCUGUUCGACACAUAUCCAAUAUGAAAGUGUGGAAGCUUCGUCUUUCAAUUCCUUUGCACUUGCAACCCCAUUCCGAUAUUUCACUCCCAUUCCGAUAUUUCACUGUCUAAUGUUAUUCACUGCUAAAACUUUCUUCCGAUAAAUCGUUGAGAAACUCCAGAAGACACAAAUUGGAUACUGGAAGUGAACUUUGUAACUCUUGAGACCUUUCUGAUAUGAGCCUUUUCAAACGGCUAAUGCCCAUUAAACAAGGGCUUUUUGAUGCCGUGAAGCUCUUUGGAGGAUCUUCUUUGUGCUUUCUCCAUUCAGCCCCAGAUAGUCAUGUGGAGCUUCAUUCUCAAGAGCAGGAAGUAGUAAUUGCUUUAGGAAGCAAUGUGGGUGAUAGGCUUAGUAAUUUUAACCAUGCAUUGCAGUUGAUGAAGAAAUCUGGCAUCACCAUUACUAGACAUGGUUGUUUGUAUGAGACAGCACCUGCCUAUGUGACUGAUCAGCCUCACUUUCUUAACUCUGCAGUUAGAGCUGUUACAAAAUUUGGUCCACAUGAGUUGUUGGGAGUGCUUAAGAAGAUUGAAAAGGAUAUGGGUCGUACUGAUGGUAUAAGAUAUGGACCAAGACCAAUUGAUUUGGAUAUAUUGUUCUAUGGAAAGUUUAGGAUUAAUUCAGAUACACUUACAGUCCCUCACGAGAGAAUAUGGGAGAGACCAUUUGUAAUGGCCCCAUUGAUGGAUUUACUGGGAUCAGAUGUUGAGAAUGAUACUGUUGCUUGCUGGCAUUCUUUAUCAAUACAUUCUGGUGGACUUUUUGAAUCAUGGGAGAAACUGGGUGGUGAAUACCUCAUUGGGAAGGAAGAGAUGAAAAGAGUGCUGCCGAUUGGAAAUCACUUGUGGGAUUGGUCACGAAAGACUUCUGUGAUGGGUGUUAUUAAUUUGACCCCAGAUAGUUUUAGUGAUGGAGGAAAGUUCCAGUCUGUGGAUUCUGUAGUUUCUCAUGUCUGCUCGAUGAUUUCAGAUGGGGCGGAUAUUAUUGAUUUUGGUGCUCAAUCAACAAGACCAAUGGCCUCUAGGAUAUCCCCUCAGGAGGAAUUAGAUAGACUAAUGCCUGUCUUGGAAGCUGUUGUAAAGAUACCUGAGAUGAAUGGAAAGCUCAUAUCUGUGGACACCUUUUACUCUGAAGUUGCUUUAGAAGCAGUGAAAAAUGGAGCUCAUCUUGUAAAUGAUGUAUCUGGGGGGCAGUUGGACCCUAACAUGACUAAGGUUGUUGCUGGCCUUGAGGUUCCUUAUGUCGCAAUGCACAUGAGAGGAGACCCAACAACAAUGCAAAAUAGUGAGAACUUGCAAUAUGAUAAUGUUUGUAAGCAGGUUGCCUUUGAGUUGUAUUCGCAGAUUAAAGAUGCAGAAUUAAUAGGUGUCCCAGCAUGGAGGAUUAUCAUUGACCCUGGAAUUGGAUUUUCAAAGAACACUAAGCAUAAUUUGGAUAUCCUUAUGGGGUUACCAACCAUUCGAGCAGAGAUUGCAAGGAAAAGCUUGGCCACAUCUCAUGCUCCCAUGCUUAUUGGACCUUCCAGAAAGAGAUUUUUGGGUGAAAUUUGUGCUCGCCCUGCAGCAAUUGAAAGAGAUCCUGCAACCAUUGCUUCUAUUGCUGCUGGGAUUCUGGGAGGUGCAAACAUUGUAAGAGUGCAUAAUGUUAGAGAUAAUCUAGAUGCUGCAAAGCUAUGUGAUGCCAUGCUGAAACACAAGAGGUCUGCUGCAUGAUUGUACUAAUCGUUGGAGGGGCGUGCCUGAGGCUUAAGGUUUAACAGGCUUAAGUCUUUAUCUCUACACUCUCCUCUAUUUUUCGAUGAGGGUUCUUUGUUGUUGUUGUUGCUUUCUCUUCUCCAAUCUCCUCUCUCUCUUGGUUCUCUAUUUUCCUUUUUUUCCCGUUCUCCUAACUCUUUCCUUCUCAACUUUUCUUCUGUUUUCUAUCCCUGUAUUUUCCCCUAAAUCUUCUUGUUUGUUUUCCCUUGUUCUUUUUUCCCAAAUUGAGUUUUAAGAAACCUAUUAUAUUAUUGUCCCUCACUCAUAAGGAGAUAAAAAGUGACAUUCUUUAUGUUUUAAAUACGUUUCCUAAUAAAUUUGUCUUCCCUCACUCUUUCUUGCCCUUCGUGGCUUAGUUUUGACUAAAGCUUAGUUUCCUUGCGUGAUAGGUAGUUUUGAAUUUUCUAGCAAAUUUUGUUGCUUUUCACCUCAUCUUCAAGGGCGCAUGCCUAUGCCUUAAGCCUAGGCUCCAAGAUCCCUUUAUGCCUUGCACCUUUACUAAUAGGAUAAUCAUCAGACAUUUAUUCCUUUGUCUUUGUUUGAAAACGUUGCUUAUUUUAUAUUUCCACCACUCCAAUGGUCUGCAUCAUUCUUAUGAGAGUAGAAGACUGAUAUUGGUGCGGAACAGGAUUUGGGGUUCCGUUUACUGCAAAUCUGCUGGAGUAGUAUCCCAUUUUAAGAAGUUAUGUUUUAGUUUAUAUAUAUGAUAGGGUUUGAAUUGCUGCACUUCCCUUCUCCCAUUUGAGUGAUUAUGGAAUUUAGAUGUAAGAUUUAAUGUUUCCAAAUAUCCCUGAACUUUAGCUAAUAACAUUGCAGGAGGGAUUAUUCUAAUAUAAUCUCCCUUAAACAA